AUGAACCGAUCAUCAUUCGAAAAGUCAACAUACAAAGCAACAACUCCAGGCAGAAUGAGAAUUUCUGUUCUUAGAACAACUUUAUGUUUCACCUUCCUCGGUAAGAGUCUUGGAGCUGGGGCUAGAUAUUGCAAAGAUUUGAAUACGGUGGGAAUUUGCUUUGAUGUUGAUCUCGCCGCCGGUUAUUGUAGAAAUGUUGACCUCAGUGUAAACGAUCAAACAAACUCCGUUCAAAAUGGCGGUGGACAUCGAAAACGGAAAUUGUGGUAG